GAUGCAAAUUGCAAAAAAACUCGCAAAAAUGAUUUUUAUUAAUCACCGGAUUCCGGAAACGCGUUUCCAAUUAUUUAAUUCGAAUCUCGGAUCAAUUUUAACGUAUUUCUCCAUCGAAUGAUCGAACCCGGAAGUAUCGUAUCGUUGAAAAACUCAUACACUUGGUCGUAUUCGUAAACGACUCGUUGUCUACGUCAAAUCGUGUGGGUCUUUUCAGCAAGUUUUCGCAUACUCCUUAUCGAACUAUCGAGCUAAGCACUGACGGUUUUGGGCUGAAAAUCGAAGCGAAAGUUUACCAGCAGAAGUUCGUCUUGGAAUUGAAGAUUUUGCUCGAAAGUUAUCCGGCAAUGCCAAAAUGGCAGCUGCCUUAACUCAAGAACAAGAACAAAUCAUCAAGCAUUUCAUCGAAGAAGUGAAUUUGAUGCGAAAAGAACGCGGCGAAGGUCCAGUUUCGUGGUCAACAGCGGUGAAAUUUUUAUGCGCUAGGAAAUUUGAUGUAGCUCGAGCAGUGGCACUCCACGAUCAACACGAAGCCACCCGGCACCGGGAAGGCUUGCUUAAUUUCGAUCCUUCGAUCGAGCCGCUCAAAAGCGAACUAGAUACUGCUAAGUUUACUAUACUGCCUACGAGAGAUGCUACCGGAGCAGCCAUCGCCGUAUUUACAGCUCGUAUCCAUUCUCCUCAAAUAUCAACUCAUCAGACUACGUUACAAGGAAUCGUUUAUCAAUUAGACGUAGCCUUAGAAAGUAUAGAAACCCAAAAGGCUGGUCUUGUUUUCAUUUACGAUAUGUCAGAUUCAAAAUAUUCGAAUUUCGAUUAUGAUCUCAGCAAGAAAAUCUUAAUGUUGUUGAAGGGCGGUUAUCCGGCUAAAUUGAAAAAAGUUUUAAUCGUAACGGCUCCGUUGUGGUUCAAAGCUCCGUUUAAAAUAUUACGGUUGUUCGUAAGGGAGAAGUUACGCGAUCGAGUGUAUACAGUUAGCAUACCGCAGUUGGCACUACACAUUCCGCGAGAAUCUCUUCCGGUUCAUCUUGGCGGUACGUUGGAGGUGGCUCAUGAGGAAUGGUUGUUACAUUGUUUUAAAACGGUAGCGAAUAAGAAAAAUGAAGAAAAUGGUAUGGAAACGGCACCGGCUCCAGCUACCAAUGGAAACGCAUUCGAGACGGAAAUAAACGCUAAGUGUACGGAGCCCCUCAGUGAUCAUCCGCAUUUGAUAGAAAACGAAGGAGAAGAGCAGCGUAAAACGGGAAACAAACAUUCUCAAGGAUGGCAGUGCUCUUCGUCAAACCUAGAGGGGGAAACGUCACCACAGCCAGCAGCUCUAUCAUCGGCCUCGAGCGGAUUCUCGGACGACGAUAGUCUGCACUGUGAUUCUAGUCAAGGUUUAAAUAUCGAACAAUUUAUCGAAACGGUAAUCGAAAACGGAAGGAAUGGUUUGACAAACGAGUACCUAGAAAUUAAGUCCCGGCCUCCGGAUGGCACCUUCAACGAUGCCAGGCAACGUUCCAAUCAGUCAAAGAAUCGUUAUACCGAUGUGCUGUGCUAUGAUCAUUCGAGAGUUAUUUUAUCGCAAAUCGGAGACGAUAUUUCGUCGACUUACAUAAACGCUAAUUUCGUCGACGGUUAUAAACAGAAAAAUGCAUUUAUAUCGACUCAAGGACCAUUGCCAAAAACAUGCGCUGAUUUUUGGCGUAUGGUGUGGGAGCAACAUGUUUUAGUUAUUGUAAUGACGACCAGAGUUUUAGAAAGAGGGCGUGUCAAAUGUGCUCAAUAUUGGCCCGAAGAAGAUAUCAGCGAAGAACUGAUUUUUGCUCAGUUUAGAAUUACCAACGAUUCGGUGGAGAAAUUCAACGAUUAUACCAUCACUGGACUACAGAUUACUAAUUUGGAGACGGAAGAAACGAGAGAAGUGACGCAUUAUCUGUUUACAUCAUGGCCCGACUACGGUGUACCGCAGAGAGCGGUGGCGAUGUUGGAUUUUCUGAAUAAAGUACGACAAGGACAAGCUGACAUGUUGAAAGAUUUGGGAGAUAAAUGGGCAGGACAUCCGAGAGGGCCUCCGAUCGUUGUACAUUGUUCGGCUGGUAUCGGAAGAACUGGUACAUUUUGCACAUUGGACAUAUGCAUCAGUCGUCUCGAAGACGUAGGCCUGAUCGACAUUCGCAACACAGUGGAGAAGAUCCGUUCGCAGCGAGCGUUUUCCAUCCAGAUGCCGGAACAGUACAUAUUCUGUCAUUUGGCCCUGAUCGAGUACGCGUUUCAUAAAAAGCUCAUCUCGACUUUACCGGAUCUAUCAUCGUUCGAUAUGUCACACAGCGACGAUUCCGAUUGAUAUUUACCUUGGUGACGAGAAGGUCACCACCAUUGAUACGAGAAAAUUUAAAACUUCUUUUAUAAAAUGGUAGAGCCUUUUUGCGGUUGGGUUUUUUUCUUUCUAGAUUGCGUUCGUUUGUGGGUUUAUAGCGUCUCUUUCUUCUGUAAUUUUUAUUUCUCUUUUUGUACUGUUCGAUUGUGUAUUUUUUUCUUUUUGUUUCAGCGAAGAUAGUUCCUAUAGUUUGUGUAUACGUAUAGUCGAAUACCUACUUAAUGAAGGAAAGUCUAAUUAGCCUGUGAGAAAUUUUUAUUAAAAGGUGUAGGUUGUUGUGUUGGUGCGAUGAUUAGAGAGUGCAAAGUGACGUUGUUUUUUUCUCUUCUUCUUCUUCUUAUAGAUGUGUAGUUUACCCCUCGUCGUCAUCGUCGUCUCCUUUUAUUAUUUUUUUUUCUAUUUAUUGAUUUUAUUUAUUACAUUUUUUUUUUAAAUUAAGAAAACGAUUCAUCACAAAAGAGAACGCAAUAUGUGAGGUUGCGUUGUGGAAAUUAAUUUUUUGCCAGCGGACUGUAAAAGGAACUUGUACGGUUGUGUAGGAUGGGUUUUGUUGUCUCGUAUCUGGAAAACGAGUCAAUUUUUUUGGAUUUUAUUUUUCAGUUUUAAAAAUACGUUUUUGAACAUGUAGAAAACGCUACGUGUGUCGUUUUACCAAAGUUUUAAUUUUUAUGUAUUUUUUUUUUUUUUUUUUUAACGAACUGUGUUAGUUUUAUUAGUAAAUUUUUUUUAAAGGGAGUUUUUCUGGCCUUUUUCUAUCUAUACAGCUUGUUUUUACCGGAUGCCAUUAUUUUUUUUUAUUGUUUUAUACGUGUGACGUUUGUUUUUUAUUUAAUUUGAAAAUGAAUUUUAUCGGAUACGCGUUUUACUCUCUAUCUGUCUCUGUUUCUCUCUAUUUUGCAAUUUUGAGUUUAUAGUUUGGGUGGCAUGGUUGGAAUUUGUGGAUGAUUUGUUUUAAUUUAUAAACGUUUGGUCAAUUACGUUUUUGUUGGAAGUGAUAAUUUCGAAUAAUUUUUUAAUUUUUGGGUGAGAAUGGGUCAAAUUUUUAUGUUUAUGUGGCAUAGAAUCCCCCCCCCCCCCCCUUCAUAAUUUUUUAAUCACGAAGCAUCGCUGUAUUUUUGAAAUUUUAUUUUUGUAAUUUUUUAAUCGAAUUAUUCUGAAAUUGAUCAAUCGAGAAGGAGGAGGGCAUGGAAAGCGAGCUCCAAAAAAUCACAACAUUCUGCUCUGAAAAAUUAAUCAAUUACAAAAAAAAAUUGGAUAAUUUAAAAAAAAGAAGAAAAAAAUUGAGUGGGUAUUUUUUGAAAAAAAUUCAACGCCACCCUCGAAUUAUAAAUUCAUUGAUCUCUCAGAACUGGUUUGAACCGUAUUCUUCCAUUUUAAUCAAAAAUAUCGUUAUUAUUGUCGUGUAUAAAUAAUUUGUAUUUAAAUAUUAAUCCAAUUAUCUCUUACGAUUUUUUUUUUUUUUUCGUGUCUAGUGCAAUAUAAUGAAUGGAAAAAAAAAUGUGUUUUAGCUUUACAAAGAUGAUGAGAAAUUUUUUUUUUUUUUAGAUGGUCAAUAUUUUUUAACCUGUGUACCUAAUCGUGUAAUGUACCUACGUAAUAUUGAAUCAUGUUUUAUUUUCGUUCUUUCUUUCUUUUUCUCCCCCUCCCUCUCUUCUUGAUGCUCUAAAAAGCAUGAUAGUAUUAAGAGUGAGUAUCGGUUUUUUUUUUUUUUUUUUGUACAUAAUAAUUAAAGUGAAAUAUAAAUGCUAAGUUUUUAUUCUCUUUGUAAUAAGACAACUACGUAUUCUGUUACCCUUAAAAAGAUUUUUUUUUUGAUCGGUGUUCUUUUAUUUAUUUAUUUAUUUUUUUUUUUUGUAUCAUUAACUUCUUUUUUUUUUUUUUUUUGGAUCGCAUUUCUAAAAUAUGCUUUGUAUUAAUCGGUUGUAAUUGUUUUAUGUAUUCGAGUGCCGAAAUUAUUUCUAUUCAAAGUAAUUAUUUUAGUGAUUACUUAAUAUACAUUUUUUGUUUGAAUGGA